GGCCAUGUCCGUACGGUACAUCCGGUAGAAGCGGCCAUGCCCGCACGUCGCGUCCGUCCCCGCCGGUCUCAGUCCCGCGGCUCCGUCGUGGAUCCCCGCGAUGAAGCCCCGUGGCCGGAUCUGGCCGCUCCGCCGUCGCUGUCUCGGUCCGUCACGGAUCCGCCGGUCGGGGCGGGGCUGGCGGCCGUGGAGGUGCGGGAAGGCGCGGCGGUGCUGCUGCUGGCCCCGCAGCAGGUGCUGACGUUCACCGGGAGGUGCCGGUUGCGCUGUUUGCUGGGCGCCGUGCGGGUGCUGGGCUUCACGGUGGAGCCGCACCAGCCGCCGUUACCGGUGCUGUCCCCGCCGACGCACUGCGCGCUGUCCCUGGAGGCGCUGCCCGCCGCUCACACCGACGCCCGGCAGCUCCGCUCCGCCGCCCGCAGCGCGUUGCGCGCUCACCGCGUCCGCCGCCCGGCCCGGCAGCGGGUGAUGGCGCGGUUCCGGCCGGGCUGCGCCGUGCUGCUGCUGGAGCAUCUGGACACGGCGCUCACGCGGUUCCUGCUCAGUUUUCCGCCGCUCUGCCGCCUCUUCCAGCCGCCGUUCCGACGCGUCCCGCCGGGCGCUGCCGCCGCUCACGGCCCGCGACGCCCCGACGGCGGCACCGCGCACAGCGACACCGAGACCGACCCCGACGUGGCGGCCGAGCUGGCGCUGCUGGCGGCCGUGGGAAUCGUGCCCUGCGGCCCCGAGCGCGGCCUGAUGCUGUCGGACAGUGCAACGGGAGCCCUGAGCCAGCUGCUGCGGGGCUGCUGCGUGGAGGAUGAAGGCGUCCCCGUCAUCAUGGUGUGUGGCCCCAAGAGCAUCGGCAAGUCCACGUUCAACAGAUACCUCAUCAACCUGCUGCUCAACCACCUCCCCUCUGUGGAGUACAUGGAAUGCGACAUAGGCCAGACCGAGUUCACACCACCCGGAUGCGUGUCUCUAAGUACCGUAACGGAGCCGUUUCUCGGUCCGCCAUUCACACACCAGCGGACGCCGCGUAAGAUGGUGUAUUAUGGGCAGAGCAGCUGUGAGCAGGACACAGAGAGAUACAUCGAUGUGGUCAAGUACGUGUUCAGCUCCUACAGGAAGGAAGUGCCUUUAGUCAUCAACACUAUGGGCUGGGUGAAAGGUGAGGGGCUGCUGCUCCUGACCGAUAUGAUCCGGCUGCUGUCGCCCACUCACGUGGUUCAGAUGGAUGUGUAUGACUGGAAGGCCAUGGCUCCGCUCACCCCCGAGAGCGUCCGUGUGGCUCCUGGGCUGUACACCAAGGGCCAGCAGCAGGGCAAGGGCAAGAGGAUGGACCUGAGUGCGGCAGAGAGCUGGAAGUGCUCGGAAGGGGAGGAAGAUGCAUCAGCUCCUGACUAUAAACUGCUCUACGUGCACCCUGAGUUCCCUGGAGCUGGGGCUGCGGGUGAAGCGCGAGUGCACAGCAGCAUCUUACGUGACAUGUCCAUCCUGGGUUACCUGGGGCAGCUGCAGCCCCCAGAUGUGCCGUCUGUCCUUCCACUGCACAGCAUCGUGCCCUACCAGGUACCUUUUAAUGCUGUUGCACUCAGGGUUAUUCACACUGAUGUCGCUCCUUCCAACAUCAUGUACGCAGUGAACGCCAGCUGGGUCGGGCUCUGCAGGAUCCCAGAUGAAAUCAGAUGCCAAAGUGCCGGCCCGGUGCUGCUGACACAGACACCCAUCUGUGAUUGUCUGGGCUUCGGGAUUGUCCGAGGGGUCGACAUGGAGAAGCAUCUCUAUCACAUCCUGACCCCGGUGCCUCCCCAGAGCCUGAGGGUGGUGAACUGCCUCCUGCUGGGAAACAUCGCCGUCCCAAACUGCAUCUUUGUGAGCCAGGAAGGAAUCGAGGGAGAGAUCCCCUACGUCACAUCUGAGUACAACUACAGCAUCCUGGGCUCUGGGAAGCUGAGAAAGAGGAAGUGUUUUAAGCAGAGGGAAUCCACGUUGCAGUGUGAUGACACCUGAAGCCUUUGGGACUUUGGGCCAAACCUGUAGAUACCAAACGAUCAUUUUUAACAGUGUUUUAUAUUUUCAGUAUGUAUUUUGGUGUUUUGUAGUAAAUAAGUUGAAAACGUUGGUUUGAUCUGAA